AGCGUCUGGGCUCCAGCCUCGACAGGGAGGCACGGAUUUUUGCCAUGUUCAAGAAAGUGAAGCACCCGGAUUUCAUUGUGGGGCACCGGCUGAAGGGUGCCAACACCAAGCGAGAUCCCUUGCUGGAUGAAAAGGUUGGCAGCAACAAACGAAGUCGGGAUGAAGAUGGUUCGUCCUCUGUGGUGUACAAAGAGACACUGGAGGAGAGGAAAGCGAGAUUAAAGGCUGAGAAGGAGGCUGAGAAGGAAUUGAGAGAUGCACAGAAAGGAAAGAAGAAACAGGCCUUGGGCCCAAGUAAGGCAAGCAUUCUUGGUUUGCCGGACGAGCAGGAGGAACAGGCAGAGGAAGCAGGAGCAACAGUGGAGCCGCCAGUUGUGGAGAAGCAGGCCAAGACAAAGGUCGUGAUGUCGCACAAAGACAUGAAGAACACCUUGGCCGACUUCAAGGAUCGGCUGAAGGGCUCGAAGCUGCCGGAGCAGGCGCAGGCCGCCGAGCUGAAGCACCGAGAGGAUCUGGAGCAAGAGACCCAGAAGGCGCUGGCGGCCAAUGAGAGAAAGAUGCAGGAGUUGAAGGGUCAAGCCCCCGACUUUGAUGAGAGGCUGACCAUGAAUGAGAUUUGGAAGGCUGGUGAAGGUGGCGAAGAGGACUCAGGCGAUUGGUUGGAAGGGCAAGGCUUGAAGUUCCACACCACUGCAGACAAGGCCUUCUCGAUGGCCAGCCAGCGCUUCAAGGAUUCCAAUGUGGAGGUCGAGAACCGCGAGCUGGCUGCCUCCUUUGUGAAGAAGCAGAGCGAGCUGCGCAUGGCAGAGAUGCGGCGGAAGAUUGACCGCUCGUCGUUGCAGCCAUGCGUUGAUGGGCAGGGUGUCUUCUUUGCAAUGUUCCUCUUCGUGUUGACCACGUACUUGAUUUCCGAGAAGGCUGGCGAUCUCUACUCCAGCAGGAGGCAGCAGCUAGACUACUGGGGUGGGUGCACCAUGCAGGCGACCUCACGCCACUGCAAGGUCAAUGAUGUCAAGGACGUGCAUUCUCUUAUGACCUGGCUGGUCGAUGACUUUGUGCCACUCGCCUUCACCGACCGCACGGAGUACCCUUCUGUGGUGAAGUCCCCAUCGGUGUACCGUUUGCAGGAUGAGACCCCGCAUUGGACACCCCGCUAUGUUGGGGACACACAGACCUCCGUGCUCAUUGGCACCAUCCGCAUGCGGCAAGUGCGAGUACAGUACUACAAGGCCUGCAGCAUCCUCGAUGACCUGGCGUCCAUCGUCACGGAUUGCUUCGCCGACUUCUCCGAGGCGGUGCAGAGUACCAUGUCCUGGGCGCCCGCCUGGACGCCGCAGCACCUCAAGGAUCAUUACGAUUGGAAGAGUGCCUUUCUUACGGAGCAACGGCCGAUUGUCGGGAGGUAUGCGACCUAUCCGGGGGAUGGCUUUGUCAUGGACCUAGGCUUGAACCUCACUGGUGGGCAGACCAGGGCCCUGAUGGCUGCCGAUGACUUUGGGGGGAGCUUCGUGUAUUUAGUGCUGACUUGCGGAUUUAGCCUUCUUUUCGCCAUCUACAACAUUUGGUUGAUCUACAAGAACGGCGCCCGCUUCUUCACCUACUUCUGGUCCAACGUGGCGGCCUUGGGCCCUUCCAACCAGCGACAGAUGGACGGAUGGAGGACGACUGCCGUGACUGGGCGGUGGGGCAUGAAGGCCCAGCCGUCGCUGGUCGUGGACGCUCGGAGGGUCGAAGAGGAAAUUGGCCAACUGGGCGCUGGCUCUCGUUGGCCUCAAGCGCUGGUGUUUGCGCGCCGCGCGUUGGAGGAGGGGGUGAUCCCCUUGGAUCAUGUCUACAGCGCCGCCAUCGCCGCCUGCGGGCGAGGCUCACAGUGGGAAGUGGCUCUGCGAUUGCUGGUUGAACACAAGCAGCACGGCAAUAAGCUGAGCCCUUGUACUGUGGUUGUCUACACAGCAGCCAUCACUGCAUGUGCCAGGAGCAGCCAAUGGCUUCAAGCAGAGGAAGUGCUGGCAGAAAUGCAGCGCUCCAUUGUGCGAACGAACCAGUUCACCUACAGCGCUGUGAUUUCCGCUUUUCAAAGAGGUGCCCAGUGGGAAGAGGCCCUCAGCCUGCUCGGCCAGAUGGCGCGGCCCAACCUGGUGGCCUUCAACGCGGUUCUGGCAGCCUGUGGUGCCAAUCAGUGGCCCUUAGUUUUGCAGAUCCUGCACAAGCUCCGAGGGAGGAAGCUGCAGGCGGACAUUGUCACCUACACCACGUGUAUUGACGCGUGUGAGGGCCACUGGGUUUGGACUUUGCAGCUGUUGGACGAGCUUGAGAGGGACCGACUGCAGGGCAAUGCGAGGACCUAUUCGGCGGCCAUGAAGUCCUGUGAGCACUGGCCCAGUGCACUGGAGUUCUUGGAGGUCAUGCACAGGCGCCAAAUUCAGGCCAAUCUGGUCGUUCACAAUGCUUGCUUGCAUGCCUGCGCGAAGGGUGCACAGUGGAGCUUGGUCUUGGAUCAGCUGGAGGCUUUGCCAUCUAGACUUCUCUCUGCAGAUGUGGUGACCUACGCCACGGCGAUGCAUGCGGCCGUGCGAGGCAGUGCUUGGCCACAUGGCCUCGCGCUCUUCCAGAAGAUGUCCACGUGGACGGUGCAAGGCUCUGUCAGCACACCCGUGGCGAACACCUUGUUGGCAGCCUGCGAGCAGGGAAGCCUCUGGCAAGAAGCCUUGGAGAUCCUGAGGUCUCAACCAGCCUUGGACGUCACAGGCUUCAGCAGCGUUGUCUCUGCCUGCUGCAGAGCAGGGUUGUGGCGGCAUGGUGUGCACCUCCUCAAACGCAUGAGGGCACUGCAGAUACCGCUGAGCACGGGCCUCUUCGCAGCUGCCACCAACGCUUGCGCAAAGAGAGGUCAGUGGGAGGAAACCUUGAUGUGGUUGCAUGGCUCAAGAUGUUCUGCCCUGGAGCCCGGCUUGGUCGCCACCUGCGCCAGCACCGGCCUGGCAGCCGCUGGCCGUUGGCUGAAGGCUGAGGAGCUGCUGCAGAUGAUGCGCAAUGGGCAGGUGCAGACUGACACCAUGCUGUGCAGCAGUGUCAUGAGCAAAACGCAGUGGCAAGGAUGUGCACUAUCCCUGGAGCAGUUGCGCCAGUCCGGCCUGGAGCCGGAUGAGGUUGCUCUGAACACUCUUGCCAGCGCCCAAUGCCGUGGAGGCCGCUGGCGCGGGGCGCUGCGGACGGUGGCCGGCAGCCUCAGCACGGUGUGGGGCGGUGGCGUGGUGCUGGAGGCGGCCGUCGCAGGUGACUGGCGAAUAGCUUGUGAGCUGUUGAACGCUGGAGGGCCCAGAUCAAAUCGCCCGGAUUUGGUGGCCUUCGAUGCGGCGAUCACGGCCUGCGCCGCGGCCGAACACCCAGAGCUUGGCCUUGUGAUGCUAUGGGCCUCGCAGCAGCAGCGGAAGCCGCUCUCCCUGCUGUGGGCCUUGACCCAGGUGUCAGUGGAGGACGCUGAGGUCAUCCAUGCCGCGUGCGUCGAAGCUGCGGAGGACUUCCGCCACCGCCCAUGGGCUGCCUGUGAGGCGGCGCAGUUUCUCUGGUGCAGCGCUUGGUUGGGCGCCCGCGGUGCCCUGCACCGAUCGGUGCAGAGGCUCCUUGCGUCCAAGCUGGGCAGCUCCGUGCCGCGACAGCUGGCCGAGGCGGCCCUGGGCGCGGAGGAUGCACUCUUGGCGGCCAUGCAGGAGGUGGUCGAAGAGUGGUUGCCAGACUGGAGCCGUCGAUGUGGAAGCAGCUUGAAGUUUGCGGAUGAUGGUCGCUAUGUCCUUGCCCUUCUCCACGCGGCCACCUUGGCCCGUGCCCUGCGGCCGCGCACCUGCGCCACGGUCCGUUCAACGCUGCGGAUGGUCGGCCGAGCCUUGGACGGCCGAGACUGCGCUGAGGACGCGCCAAAUCCGCGGGGGUUCGCGGAGAAGCGCUUUGAGGCGGUGCAGCUAGCUGUGGGCCCUUCGGUGAGAAUGCGUUUUUCAGAUGGAGCUGUGCUGUACAAGCCCGAAGGCUGGGAGGUCUACGGCGGCCACACCCGGCUGCAGCUCAGCCACUUUGCGGCGGAAGUGCUGAAGAAGAUUCCGAUCCUAAAAGAUGAGGAGCACAACCGUGGAUUCCUCCACCGCCUGGACGUUCCAAGCUCGGGGCUGAUCCUUUUGGCUGGCAGCUACGAGGCGCGACCAAUCCAGCUGGCCUUUUGGCUGGUUCUGGACCGGUCAUUCACCACCUCACCACCCCGGUUCAUCUAUGGGAGCUCUCCAUCGAACCAGGUGCUGAACCGAACGCAUUUUUGUGCCGAGCUUCGCAGCUUCACGUUGCAUUGCACUGGCACACCGCAAGGUUACAUCGCAAAGACCAAUGCCUCGGCAGGCCUUAGAUGGAAGCCACAAGAUUCCUACUUCGAACAUCUUCGAACUCGAUUAUCCUCACUCUUCCCCCCCUCCCAAGUCAAAACUCACCUGCCUGCUGAACCGAAAGAGGCCUUCUACGACUUGCAGGUUCAGCUCGUGUCUGGACAGAUCCUCCGCGAGUACGUGGCCCUUCUCCACGGCGUCUCCGGUUCUUCGGUGCUGGAGACGCAGCAGCAGCCGCAGCGGGCGCGGCCCAGCUGCUCCGGUGGACGAGGCAAAGCGACCAGGACAACGGUAGAUGUUUUGGAGCAUCUCUGGCAUCCGGUGGGAGCUCUCAGCCGCGUGGUUGUGGAGAUCACCACCGGGCGCAAGCAUCAGAUUAGGAGUCAAUGUGCGCAUGUGGGGCACCCCAUCCUUCGUGAUGCCUUGUAUAGUAGCACCUCCACUUUUGAGUCGGACCUGCAACUUUGUUCCAGGAACUGGCUCCACCGGCAACGGCUCACCUUUCACGAUCUUGAGGGCAAGAAAUGUGAGGUUGUGUGUCCACUUCCUGCAGAUCUGAGGAAUUGCUCACCAGCUUGCGCGAGCCGAUCGGUCCCACCAAAAGGCGAAAAAAAACAACCAAACAGCUGCGUGGCGCGUCGCGUGGCGCGUCACGGCUUCCGGGGGGGGGGGGGCACGAUCUGGUCCUUCGGCUGA